CACCAUUUACUGCAAAGCAAACAGCGACUUUUCCUCCGAGUCACCAGCUCAAUUUCCACUUUCCCCUUCCUCACUUCACUGCACCUAGCAACGUCCCCAGCUCCCAUCUAAUUCUAACUCUCACUGUCUCCGAAUCGGCGCUGCAAUCGGAUUAAUAGUAAUUUAAGCAAAAACACGAUCUCUCCAGAAUGGAGAUUAGAUCCGUCUCAGUACGCAGAGUGAAUUGGAGGUCACUUUCCGCAGGUAAUCGCUAGCAGAAUCUACAAGUAGCAGAGAAUGAGACAGAGAGAUGGAGGACUGAAAUACUUUCAAGAACUUUAAACAAGUGACCAUCUCGAAUACUGAUUCAUCAAGACUGUUCACAAAUACUACGUGCAUUCCUGCAAGAGGGGAAGCCGCUCAAAUUGACGGCCAUGGUAGGCUCUGUCCAUGGUGCUGCAAUACGGCUGUUGCUGUCCGUGGUCCUGCAAUCAGAACAGCCCCGCGCCAGUCGCAUUGGGAAUGUACGAUUCAUUUCGACAGAUCACGACAAAUAUUUUCUCCGAAUAAGCAACGUCAAUGAUGGUGGAUUAACCUUGGAGGCAAAAGAAAUGUUUCCUUUUCUUGCUUAGUGGAAUAACCCAAUCUAAAUAGAAGCAGAACAUGUAUUUUGUUCAUUAAGGCGAUGUCUAUGGGAGUUCUGUCAUUAGGGAAAGAGUGAUAUCACAUUAAUGAGGAUGAUGAUAUUUUUGUAAUAUAUCAUUUAAUUUUUUUUAACCACGGUUAAAACUGGGAGAAAGUGACAGUUUUGCCCAGCUCCAACAAAAGUACGGGAUUACCAAACUGGACUCUGAACAUCAAUCCAUCUUCAUUGAUUGGUUACUCACUUCUUCAGGGGCAGAUGUCACUACUCUUUGUGAAUGAAUCUACCCUGUUUAGAUUCCAGCUGUAAAUGCUUCCAGGAAAAUGCUGAGUUCCUGUUGGACAAUAACAGGCCAUCUAUUAGAGUUCACUAAUCAUCCUCAAUGCUAUUACAUACCAAAGCAAAGGUUCUUUAUGAAGUUAAAGUUCUUUCCAUCAUUAUGCUGCCUGCUUCUGGGAACACUAAUCUUUCCGCACUGCGUGCACACUUCAGUUUUCAAGGUUGGAGUUGUUGGGCCUUGGUACUGUGACCCAAAUUUUUCCAAGGCUCUUCCAUCAAUGGCAGCCAAGCUGGCGGUUGAUCGAAUUAACAAACAUGGUUCCUUAUACAAUAGAUAUAAGCUUGAACAUGUGGUGCUUCAAGAUGAUUGUCAGACUUCAAAGGCACUGAGUAACUUUGUGGAGUUUGAAGAACGUGCAUCUGCAUUUUUGGGUCCAGUGAACCCAGGCUAUUGUGAGGCAGCUUCACUUUUGGGCAAGAACUGGAACAAGGGAAUAUUCUCAUGGGCCUGUGUUAACUUUCAACUUGAUAAUGCCAACAGUUACCCUACAUUUGUGAGGACUUUACCAUCACCUGCCAGGGUUUUGUUUGGUGUGAUGAAAUAUUUUCGCUGGGCUCAUAUCGGUAUAAUAUCUUCAAAUGAAAAUAUCUGGGUAGACACUGCUAACAAAUUAGCCAAUGCUCUCAGAUACAAUGGACUUCCAGUUGGCAUUGUCACCUCAAUGGGAUUCACUGAUGAAGAUAUUAUGGAAACCUUAAUGAAGAUUAAAGACGUUCCAGACCUUCGAAUUGUUAUCAUGUGCAUGCACUCGGUCCUCAUUGGAGGUGAGGAGCAGGCUGUCUUACUGCAGAAAGCCCACGACAUGGGGCUGACCAAUGGGAGGUUCGCUUUUGUACCAUAUGACACCUUACUCUACAGUCUUCCUCACAAAAAUACAUCUUACUCUGUGCUGAGGGACAACAGCAAGCUGCGAGAGGCUUAUGAUGCUGUUUUGACGAUAACGAUGGCAUCUGAAGAGAUGAGUUUCCGUGAGGCAUUUUUAAAGGCACAAGAGAACGGUGAAAUAGUGACAUCUCAGCAACCAGAGCAGGUUUCACCUCUCUUUGGAACAAUUUACAAUGGCAUUUACUUUAUCGCCAAAACCAUGGAGAAUGUUCAGCAAGCUGGGGCCCACAUUUCAAGAAUGGCUCUUGCCAAAUCCACCAGGAAUUUAACAUUUGCCGGAUUUAAUCAGCAGAUUGGGACCAACGACCGAGGGGAAGGGAUAGUGAACUAUGUCAUCUUGGACACUGAUGGGAGAAGUCACCAACUGGUGCCCACCUACACCAUCAACAUGGCAAUGGAAAUGAUACAAGACAGCAGCAGUGCCAUUCACUUCCCUGGGGGCUCACCUCCUGGCGCUGAUUCCAGCUGCUGGUUUGAUCUAGAUGUCACUUGCACAGGAGGUAUUGAGUUAACAGCCGUCAUACUAGCUUUUGGGUUAAUCUGUGCUCUUGCAUUAUGUGGGCUUGGUCUCACCUACAUCAUCAGGCACCGAAUCCAGAUGAUACAGAUGGUGAAAGGGCCGAACAAGAUCAUAAUGACCCUCGAAGAUCUCACUUUCAUCAAUCCACAACUCAGUAAGAAGAAAAUAAAUCUGGAUGAGCUGAGUGAUGGAAGAAGUGUAUCUGAACGGAAAAGUCUCAAAUCUGGAAUUUGCUCACUGUCCGGCAAAAGCCUUACUACAGUAACCCACGAGAAUUCAAAUGUAGCUCUGUACGAGGGGGAUUGGGUCUGGCUAAAGAAAUUUGACCCUGGAAGUCUCUGUGAGGUACAGAAAUCUACAACAAACAUACUGAGAAAGAUGAGAGACUUGCGUAACGAGAAUGUGAACCCUUUUCUGGGCUUCCUCUGUGACAGUGGAGUGCUGGCCAUCACGAGUGAGUACUGCUCCCGAGGAAGUCUUCACGAUCUCCUCAGAAACGAUGACGUGAAGCUUGACUGGAUGUUCAAGUCCUCUCUCCUAAUGGAUUUAAUCAAGGGAAUGAAAUAUCUGCACCACCGAGAGUUUCCCCAUGGACGCCUGAAAUCAGGAAACUGCCUGGUGGAUGGGCGGUUUGUGCUGAAGAUUGCUGACUACGGCUACUUGGAGUUGUUGGAGACACAGAAGGUUCCACGAGAGAAGCCACCACCAGAAGAAUUAUUCUGGACAGCUCCUGAGUUCCUGAGAGACCCUGAAUUGUCCAAGAAGCCAACGCUGAAAGGAGACACUUACAGCUUCGCCAUUAUUUUGCAGGAAGUCGUGGUUCGAGGCUCCCCUUAUUGCAUGUUAGAUCUCAGCCCUGAAGAGAUUAUCAGGAAGGUGAAGAAGCCACCCCCUAUGUGUCGACCCACUGUCUCUGCAGACCAAGCCCCAUUGGAGUGCAUUCAAUUGAUGAAACAGUGCUGGAGUGAACUACCUGAGAGGAGGCCUACCUUCAAUGAGAUCUUUGACCGAUUCAAAACCAUAAACAAGGGGAAGAAGACAAACAUCAUUGACUCAAUGCUUCGGAUGCUUGAACAGUACUCCAGUAAUCUCGAGGAUUUGAUCCGUGAGCGUACUGAAGAACUAGAGGUUGAGAAACAGAAAACAGAGAAACUUCUGUCGCAGAUGUUGCCUCCGUCUGUUGCUGAAGCUUUGAAAGUGGGUGGGAAUGUGGAGCCUGAAUAUUUUGACCAGGUGACCAUCUACUUUAGUGACAUUGUUGGCUUCACCACCAUAUCAGCAUUGAGUGAGCCCAUACAGGUCAUUGACCUCUUGAAUGACCUCUACACUUUGUUCGAUGCUGUUUUAGGCAAUCACGAUGUUUACAAGGUCGAAACCAUUGGUGACGCUUACAUGGUGGCAUCAGGUCUCCCAAAAAGAAAUGGCAAUAAGCAUGCUGCUGAGAUAGCCAAUAUGUCCUUGGCCAUCCUCAGCUCAGUGGGUACCUUCAAAAUGAGACACAUGCCUGAUGUGCCCAUCAGGAUAAGGAUAGGGAUGCAUUCAGGGCCAUGUGUGGCAGGAGUUGUGGGACUCACCAUGCCCAGAUAUUGUCUUUUUGGAGAUACAAUCAAUACAGCUUCACGCAUGGAAUCUACAGGCCUGCCUUAUCGAAUUCAUGUCAAUCAGUCCACUGUGAGGAUACUCCAGAGUUUAAAUGAAGGUUAUCGAAUACAGGUUCGAGGGAAAACCGAGCUGAAGGGAAAAGGCGUAGAAGAAACCUAUUGGCUUAUCGGAAAAGAUGACUUUACUGCUCCUUUACCUGAGCCUCCAGCAAUCAAACCAGGGGAAGACUGGCAGAAGAUGGUGACAGAAGAAAUUACAAUGAUGUUCAGGAACGCAAACAGGAAGGCUGACAAACACAGGGCUUGAACAAGCAGGGCGAAUUUUCAAAGGAGAGCAGUGCCCCGCUGGAAUCACCUUUGUUGUCAAAGCCAAGGGCUUUUUGAAGAAGCUCAGCUAAAUCUCUUGGAAGCUCAUCGCUAUAAUGAGAUUGAAGCAGAUCUUUUUAAUUCUGUUCCACCCAGCACAGCAGAAUGAAACUCUUCUAUUUAAAGGGCAGGGGGAGGGACUGAGGUCAUGUAUCUCUUAAAUAGCUCCACGCUAUUGGACGAUGGCAGGUUUGAUGAAGCUAUGCUGCAAUGCAGAUUUCAACUGUGGUUAGCAAAUAUACUCCACUGUGUUUCUGUUUCCAAACAUUAUACUUUCCAGCUUUUAAGUUCCUUAUCCUGAGAGACUUUCUAAUUGUUAUGUAUCCGAGGAUGGUGUACCCUUGUUUUAUCUGCUACAGUGAUGAGAAGAAGAAUGUGAAAUGAUGAACUGGUCAGGUGUAUCAAAGGUCCACUAUUGUAUUCUUCGACCGCUUAUGGUCGAAACAAUGAAAGUAACUUGUAGAAUGUGGUCUGAACAAUGGCAAAACCUUCCGUCCUUGCUCCCCACACCUCAUUCACCCAUUAGCACCCUAAAGAAUAACCUACAGCAGCUUUCACUGCUCAGCAUUCUGAGCUGGUCGCUAAGUAAGUAACCAAUCUUAUGGCAACACCCAAGCUUUAGCUAUGCCAGAUUUGCUGGCAAUGUGGGUACGCCACAAUGCACUGCAGCAUGAGGCAGGCUGCCCUGCUGAUUCAGGGGAGCAGUGGACCAUGGGCACAUCAAGUCCAUGAUUCCCCCUCACACCCCUCUCCUUCCAAAUUUGGGAUUUACCCAAUGAGGUGCUUUGAUGUGCAGUAAAAUGUUGAGGUGGAAUGAGGUGAGAUGGUUCUUCCCCAUUUAGUGGGAGGUCACGUAAGAGAGGGGUUAAUUUAGGACAGAUUUAUUGCUGUCUUUUAAACCAGGCUCAGUGUGAGAGUGAAGGGGCUGAAGACUGGGAGGAGUCCGGGGAGAAUGGUAGUGGAGAGAAAUGAUGGUGUAUGCUCCUUCCUAAUUCAAGAAUGAUGUUGAUUAUAAGAUUACCUGCUGAAGGAUGGAGAGAAAUUGGGGAAGGGGUUACCAAAAAAAAUUAAAUGUACAUAUUUUUAGGCAAUAAAGCAUCAUUCAAGAUUGGUGAGUUUAGAAUACAAUCUAUGAGAUUAUUUUAUUUCUUCAUAAAGCAUGUAUAUCUGGAAGCUGGCUUCUUUAUGUCUGAGCUUAAUGAGUUAGAGAAAGGGAGCACAUAAACUGGUUGGUCCUUUUUGUAGUUUACACUGGUAUGGACUCUUCUCUUGAACAUCUACAUAGUCUACUGUCUAUUUGGAAAUCUAAAACAUAUAGCUCUACUCUAACUGAAGGAGGUGUUAAUGUUAGUACUUAGCUACACAGAAAACACUCAAUACUUGGGUGCCAGCCACGCGUUAUGCUUUAGCACUCUCACUACCAUGUCAUACAGUCGUACAGCAGGAAGCAAACCUUCAGUCCAACUAGUCUAUGUUGAUCAUAAUCCCAAACUACACUAGUCCCACCUGCCUGUGCUUGGCACAUAUCCCUCCAACCAUUCCUUAUUAACAUACUUAUUUAAAUAUCUUUUAAAUGUUGUAAUCGUACCUGUAUCCACCACUUCCUCUGACAGUUCAUUCAGCCACACUCUGUAUAUAAAGAAGUUGCCCCUCAUGUCUUUUUCAAAUCUUUCUCCUCUCACCAUGCUCCCUAGUCUUGAAGUGCCCCAAUCUAGAGAAAAGAUACCUGUCAUUCACCUUAUCUAUGGCCGCUCAGGAUUUUAUAAACCACUCUGAGGUCACCCCCUCAACCUCCUGCGCUCCAGUGAAAGAAGUCCCAGCCUAUCCAAUCUAUCCUUAUAACUCAAGCCCUCCAUUCCUGGCAAAUCUUUUCUGAUCACCCUCCAGCUGAAUAAUAUUCUUCCUCUAAGAGGGCAACCAGAACCUGACACACUCCUGGGGUGGCAAUGGCCUGGUG